UUGCACAGUGGCGCCGCGCUCGGUGAGGGCAGCUGAACCCCGCCUCUUUCUCCCGCCUCCUUCCGUCACAGCUUCGGCGCCGGCGGCGUCUUCCCCCAGGAGAGGGGUGUCGUGGGAAGCGGCAGCGAUGAGCGUCGCGGAGCGGUCUGAGGAGAAGGAGGGAGCGGCGGCCGCGGAUAGCCCCGGACGCUCACUGAGUCCUAGUGAUGCAUCCCCAGAUGAAGGAGUGGUAGAAGAUCUCCCUUUAAUAGAUGAGAAAGCUGUGGAGCAGCUAACUGAGGGAUUGGUGUCUUACUAUCUGCCUGAUCUUCAGCGAUCAAAAUCAGCACUACAGGAACUUACACAGAACCAAGUGGUGUUACUAGAAACGUUGGAACAAGAAAUUUCAAAAUUCAGAGAGUGUAACUCCAUUCUUGAUCUUGAUGCUUUGUUUUCAGAAGCUAAGCACUAUCACAACAAGUUAGUGAAUAUUAGAAACGAGAUGAUGAUGCUUCAUGAGAAGACAUCAAAGCUAAAAAAAAGAGCACUAAAGCUGCAACAAAAGAGGCAGAAGGAAGAACUGGAACGAGAACAGCAACGUGAGAAGGAACUCGAAAGAGAGAAGCAGUUAACAGCAAAACCUGCUAAGAGGACAUGAGAGCAGAGCAUGCAACAACUUGUCCAAAUUGAUAAUUUCUGCACUCUCUGGAGUUAAGGCAGAUGUUGCUUAAACUGGGCUAUAGCUGCUGAUAGCUACAAUCUACUCUAUGAUGUCUUAAAUUCCAGAAUGGUAAUAGGAUUGGUAAUAUUCAAUUUUUUUCCAUUUAAGCCAUUCGAGUUGCCUUCUUUUGUAAUGCUAUGCAGUUUGAUAUUGUUACAAUGUAAGUUAAUUUUAUAUAUAUAUGUAUGUGUAUAGGAAAACUUAGGCAUCACAGUUCUAAGUACUUAUCUUUUUCAUGGUAUUUAGAAUUCUCAGAGAGAUUUGGUUGCUGGCAUACGCAUUUUUCAGACAAAAUACAGGAUACUAGUU